UCCAAGAUGGUGAUCUUCAGUGUGUUUGUGGUCAAUAAGGCUGGAGGUUUAAUUUACCAAUAUGACAAUUAUGUCCCGAGAGCGGAGGUGGAGAAAACGUUUAGCCAUCCUUUAGAUUUGGUGCUUAAACAUCACGAUGAAAAAGUGAUCGUGUCGUUUGGACAGCGGGACGGAAUCAGAGUGGGCCAUGCAGUGCUCUCCAUCAAUGGAGCUGAUGUGCUUGGAAAGAAUACAGCAGAUGGAAAGGACAUCCUUGAAUACUUAAAAGAUCCCGCAAAUUAUCCAGUGUCUAUUCGAUUUGGACGGGCCCGACUAAGCUCCAAUGAGAAGCUGAUGCUGGCGUCCAUGUUCCACUCGUUGUUUGCUAUAGGAUCACAGCUGUCCCCUGAAGUUGGCAGCUCAGGAAUCGAGAUGCUAGAAACAGAUGUCUUUAAACUCCACUGCUACCAGACUCUCACAGGGAUCAAGUUCAUCGUGCUGGCGGACCCUCGACAAUCUGGCAUUGAUGCAUUGCUGAGGAAGAUUUAUGAGAUCUAUUCAGAUUUUGCUCUCAAGAACCCGUUUUAUUCUCUGGAAAUGCCGAUCAGGUGUGAACUCUUUGAUCAGAAUUUGAAGAGUGCUUUGGAGAUUGCAGAGAAAGCUGGAAACUUUGGAGCUGGAUCUUGAACUAAAGAAGUUGAGAAUCAGCUGAAACGUGGUCAUUUUCAACCACAGCCACUGACUUUAUAUGACUGUGGAUGAAGUGCAGCUGUAAAUGUUAAAAGAAUGAAAGGAUCCUGUUUGUUUGCUUUGUCAGUUGGUAUUAACACUUUGUAAAUACUUAAUGUUUUGUAAAUACUUGGAAAAAU